AUGGUGGACACACAGCACUUCUGCCUGCGGUGGAACAACUACCAGAGCAGCAUCACAAGCGCCUUCGAGAACCUUCGGGAUGACGAAGACUUUGUGGACGUGACCCUCGCGUGUGACGGCAAGAGCCUUAAGGCCCACAGGGUCGUACUGUCAGCCUGCAGCCCCUACUUCAGAGAACUAUUAAAGUCAACGCCGUGCAAGCACCCGGUGAUCGUGCUCCAAGACGUGGCCUUCUCGGACCUCCACGCGUUGGUGGAGUUUAUAUACCACGGCGAAGUCAACGUCCACCAGAGAAGCCUGACCUCAUUCCUGAAAACCGCCGAAGUACUCCGCGUCUCCGGGCUCACACAAAACGAGGAUGUGCAGGUGCCGCUUCUCCAGACGGUGCGGGCAUCGAACACCGCGCCAUCGCCUCACACGCCGCCGCACCCCGCUCACACGCCGCACGCCGCUCACACUCCGAGCUACACCGAGAAGUUGGAAGAAGCCCUCUCUAUCCCCACGACCAUCCCCAACAUGAUGGGGAUGCGCCGUAUACCCCUCCCCCCGCGCCGCAUCAGCCGCUCCGCCGACAACUCGCCUGACGUCAUCAAACGCCCGCGCCACGAUAACAAUAACACGGAACAGCCACAGAUACACGACUUCUCUACCAAGAACCAUCCUCUGGUGAACAACACCCGUGCGCACGAGUCAGGGAACAAUGGCAAUGGAAUCUCGAACAGCAGCUCCUCACCCUCGCCUCGGCUCAUGGACGAGGUCAAGAACGAACCUCUGGACAUGAUCUGCGUGCCCAACGCUGAGAUAGACCGGAGUACUGAUGACACGCCACCCCACACGCACCACAGACAACUUGGAGGAGGCCCACCGUCGCGCGGCAGCUCUGCCGAGGCCGAUGACCGCACGCCUCCUCCGCAGCUGCCCCCAUCGCCGUUUGUGCCACCAUCUGACACAAAAUUCCCGCCUUAUCCAUUCAGCAUGGCGCCACUGUCUGAUACAUCAUUAUCUGGGCUGGCGAAUCCACUGGUUCCCGACAGCAUGGCAAGCACGUCUCAAGGUGGCGCCCGCACCCCCCAAGAAGAUUACCGAUGCGAGCCGUGUAACAAGAGCUUGUCCUCGCUCACGCGGCUCAAACGGCAUAUUCAGAACGUUCACAUGCGACCGUCCAGGGAGCCAGUGUGUAACAUUUGCCGGCGCGUAUACUCCAGCCUGAACAGCCUCAGGAACCACAAGUCCAUCUACCACCGCAAGCAGCAGCCGCCCGCCUCCCAGGGGCCUUACUUCCCCGUCAACUGA